AUGUACUUGGAUUCAGCGGCUCCUCCAUGCCAGGACUUCAUUCAUCCAAGAACAGAUGUUUCGGAUUGUCCCCAACGUAAGCAUCUGUGUGAAAAUCCCGUCUACCGUCAAUUAAUGGCUGAGCAGUGUCCGUUA